AUGGCCUCCAGCAGACAAUCCAGCAAACCAAGCUGCAUCUGCAGUGGAGAGAAAAAUAUAGUGGAAUUUGCUCUGCACUCUCAGAAUAUAAAUGAUGAGCCUCCUGUAUGCAAUCCACCACAUUUGGAAACUCAAAUUUAUUCCACUGUUAAGAGUCCUUUCAUUCAGCUCCACGGUUCAGACAAAGAUUCUCCACAGGAACAUCUGAGCUAUACAAUUGUAGGAGGAAAUACAAAUAAUCAAUUCACACUUCAGAGACUAGGUGGUGAUCCUCCUUCUCUGGCCAUCACGCAGAAUUUCCAGUAUGAUGUAUUUCAAGGGGUUCGGAGCCCUGUGACUUUCCAGCUACUUAUUGAAGUCACUGAUGAAUUAGGUGGGAAUAAGCCUAGUCAGCUGUCAGCCACUACAACAGUCAUAAUUCAUGUCCUUCCCUGGACCACAACACAGCCAACUUCUUCCACAAAAACAACUACAACUACAAUUACUACUUCUGUCUUAAUAAAGAUUUCGUAUUAUUGGAUCCCUGAUAACUGGAUUCCUGCGUUAUUAACUCUAACAGGAGCUCUUUUUGUGAUGUGCCUCUACGCUGUUGCAUGGUGCCUCUUUAAAGAUUCUCCCGUUUGUUCAAGAUUAUUUCCCCACUGUCACAAACAUCACCAGAGUCAACCAAGUCUCACACCCAAAGGGACUGGACUGGUACCAAGUGAUCCCAAACCAAACAUGAGACCAAACUUGCUUCCUGGAAAUCGUCAGCCAUGAAUAGUUCGUGGUGGAUGCACAAUUGACCCUGG